UGCAGGCAGCAUUACUGAACCACAAUAGCUCAGUCUGUACACAACAAACACAUGUGACAUUCUGAGUGCGGAGCACGGCAAGCUUCCAACACCUGCAGAAAAAUGGAACUGGAAUUGGACACCAAUGUGACGCAGAGAGGAACUCGACAGAGAACUUGCGCAGACCGGCUUUAGGACCCAGCGUAAACACAUAACGCAGCAGGGGCCAACGGGCCAUUCGCCGCUGCAGAGCUGUCCCAAUGGGCACAGUGAGCGCUCCUAUUCACAACAAACCGUCUGAUAAUGUGGAUUUGAAGGUUCCCCUUCUCCGACAGUGAAGACUGCAGACCAGAGGGGGAGCACGUGGAACUUUCGUCCCGUAUGAUUCUCCUAUAAAGCAGCCGCUGCUGUCCGCUUGGCACGAGCCGUCCCCCAACUAGAUGGGUUGAGGGAGACGCGUAAAAGCGCUAUGCAGUCACACCGAAGCCAAACUCCGAGCUGUUUGUGAGCUACUUGUGAAGGAGGACUCCCUCAUCGUGAAAUCACAACUUUGUAAGGAUUUCUGAUUUCAGCGCGUCAGAAAACCUUGAAAACGUUCCCACGCUGCGUCCCCGCUGAUCUUCGGGACCGCGUUUGAGUUCGGAUGAUUAUAGACCGACUGUGUACCGUGUGGGGAGUGAACGCGAUGGAGGUGAGCUCGGUCCUGUCUUCAGCUGCCCUGUUUCCACCCAGACGUCUGCUGCACCGACACUGCCAGCGAUAGUAGCGGCUUCUCCUUCUGUCCACACAGUUGAAUGGAUUUUCAGGUACACUUUACUGAAACGGGGGAAUUUGAACCAUACGCUCUACAAGUAGCUGUUCGGGGCCACUCGGCUCGUGGUCAUACAUGAUAUUGGGCUCAGAAAUGAGUCUGCCUGGCGGAGUUUAAAUCACUUCGGUGAAUAUUUUCCUACAUUGUUUUUUUUAUUUGGUAUUGGAAGCCGUCGGAAGAGAAGAUGAACCUGUGUGUCGUCAGUCUUCUCCUCACUCUGGAUCUAGCCGCCGUGGCGCUCAGUCUGUCCACAUGCAGCACGCUGGACAUGGACCAGUUCAAGAAGAAGCGCAUCGAGGCCAUCCGAGGGCAGAUCCUGAGCAAGCUGAAGCUCACCAGUCCCCCUGAGGACUUCCCCGAGCCCGAGGACGUGUCUCGGGACAUCGUGGCCAUUUACAACAGCACCCGCGACCUGCUGCAGGAGAAGGCGAACGAGCGCGCGGCGACGUGCGAGCGGCAGCGGAGCGAGGAGGAGUACUACGCCAAGGAGGUGCACAAGGUCGACAUGCAGCCUUUCUACCCAGCAGAGAAUGUCAUUUCUCCUACACACUUCAACCCAUACUUCAGGCGGCUGACGUUUGAUGUGUCUUCCAUGGAAAAGAACGCCUCCAACCUUGUGAAGGCUGAACUUCGGAUCUUCCGUCUUCAAAACCAUGGGGCCCGAGUGUCUGAGCAGCGCAUCGAACUCUACCAGAUUUUAGGACACAAAGACCUGACGUCCCCAACACAGCGUUACAUAGACAGCAAGGUGGUACGAACACAAACGGAAGGAGAGUGGCUGUCCUUUGACGUGACAGAGGCAGUAAAUGAAUGGCUAAACCACAGAGACAGAAACAGUGGAUUCAAGAUCAGCCUGCAUUGCCCGUGCUGCACAUUUGUACCAUCAAAUAACUACAUUAUUCCCAACAAGAGUGAGGAGCUGGAGGCACGGUUUGCAGGUUGGGGUAUUGAUGACAGCUUCAUCCAUAACGUUGACCUGAAAGUGUCAAGGCGCAGGCGGCACAGCACUCGGGCUCCACACCUUCUCCUCAUGCUGCUGCCUUCAUACCGGCUGGAGUCCCAGUCCCAAUCCCAGUACCAGCACACAAGCCAUCGAUCCAGGAGAGCGCUGGAUGCUGCCUACUGCUCCAGAAACGUUCAGGACAACUGCUGCUUACGGUCACUCUACAUUGACUUUAAGAAGGACCUGGGCUGGAGGUGGAUCCACGAGCCAAAGGGCUACGAGGCCAACUUCUGUGCCGGAGCCUGUCCAUAUCUGUGGAGCGCAGACACCCAGCAUUCUAAGGUGUUAGGCCUGUACAACGCCAUCAACCCUGAAGCAUCGGCAUCACCCUGCUGCGUCUCCCAGGACUUGGAACCUCUCACCAUCCUCUACUACAUCGGCAAGACCCCUAAAAUAGAGCAGCUCUCCAACAUGAAGGUCAAGUCUUGCAAGUGCAGCUAGACUCCCUUACAAACCAGCACAAACACAAUCUCCCUCUCUGCCUCCUUCACACACACUCAUAGUGGAUUUGCGCAUACAAACCGCAACUGUACUUUGUCUUACAUGCACUGGUAUACUCACAGCAGUGUGUGUACAGAGCAAUCAAAUGCAUACACAACAUACAGGGACAGUGUGGUCAUACCAGGAACUUGACUUUGAUACCAAUGCUGAGUACCAUAAGUACAGUGCUACAUUGCAGUAUUUGGUUGGUUGACAUAGGUUCACACUGCCUCAUUUGUGAGCAGAGAUUUGCAUGAUGUGGUUGGUGUGUAAUGUCUGGCUUUCCAAGCAACAGGAGCUAUCCAAUGUCCACAUGCAGCUUUUUAUACCCAUUAAACCUUCUUCUCCUGGUGGAGUGCCUACCCAGUCUUAAUGACAUCACAUUGUUCUUAUGUGGCCAUGCAAAGCAAACUCAAGGCAGCAAAACGUCCACACACAGAAUUAUGUGCUGAUGAAAACCAUGAAUUCAUGCAGUCGAGGGUUUGAAAUGUUCAUCACUGCUCUCUCUAAGGGAAACACUUUCAUGUUCGGCUCCUGGCAAUAGUUGAUAAACCAGAUUAGAUGGAAUGGGAUCUUGUUCAUGAGAAACUGGUUGAUGCCAAGCAGCAACCGUGUGAUGAAUCCAGUGAAGUGCCUUAACACGCUGUACCACUAUUGGACACUAAGUAAUGGUUUAAGAAUCUGACUGUAUUGAAAUUUAUUCUAAAAGGACUUAUCCACAACAGCAUCGUCAAAAAUAUGGUUACGGUCAGUUCUGUCAUUAUAACGUGUAUUUGCUUAGAACUUAUUAAAUUGAAUGUUAUAAUCUUUAAGAUUUCAGUGCCAGCUGCUUUGGAGACAAACAUACAUACAUACACACAAACAUACCUACAUACUUAAAUACAUACACAUACUUAAAUACAUACACAUACAUAUACGUACAGUGACACAGAUAUGACUUUUGUACAGGUACAACCCUUUCUGAAUUCUGAAGGCCCUGUCUACAUGCAUCACCUCACACAGUUAUCACACGAGACACAAGAGUAAGGCAAACACUGGAAGUAUAAGUGAUGAUUGUCUAUAUAGGAAAUAAGUCCUGAAAAUAACACUGCUGCCCCCCCCCCCCCCCCCAACCUCACCACAGUGAAACAAUGUCCCCAUUUCUGUGUUUGUCUUUGUUGGGUACCUUUUUAGUUUCAUUUAAGGUUAAUUCUAUUCCAAUUUUUAAUACAGAUGUUUGAAAUGAUAAAAUGAUGAAUAAAUAAGCCACCACAACACUUAGGAGUUCCGUAAAGGAUAAGUCCAGUUUAUUAUAACAAUGAUUAUCUUUUCGUAGUUGACCAUCAUCCCCAUUCAAUAUUACAAAGCAGUAAAACCUGAAUCUCUUUAUUUGUUGCAGAUUUAAAGAAAAAAGCUAAUUUAGAAUCAAAAUGAUGUCUAGUCAAUUCAAUUAUUUAAUUAUUCAAGACAAUUAAUAACUGGUGCAGUGGACAUUGAAAACAUGCCGGUUUAGAAUUAGCCUAAUGUUUGGCCUGUGGUGACAUACUGUAGUGAAGUCACACACUCAAGUCUCUGCUGCUCCCGGUCAGAAACACCGGUGGAAUACAUUCUGCUUCAGGACAAAAUACCAGGGCAGACUUUACUGUGAGGUAGGGUAGACAACCUGGGUCUGUGGCCCCAAACAGCUAUAAUACAGCACAAUAUAUUAUGAUGUUUAGAUAUGUUACUAUUCUAACUCAUUGUACCUAAAAUAACUUACGAAAGACACACCCAGGUUGCUGUUACUCACAGUCAGAAACAUUGGUGAAAUACACUUAGUGGAGGUAAUUUCCAAAUAGGCGUAUUAGUUGCUUGUUUUGACAGAACCACAGCAGAACAAAGUAGAGCGUGAUUUAAUUAGUGGAGGUAUUUUGCUGGCGAUACCGUUAUUAGUGUUCUAAGUUAGUAUCAGCUGUUACACCAGGAAAUACAGUUUUAUUCACGAGGAAAGUCACACCCAAAUCACAGCCUACUCACAUUCACACCGGUGAAAUACACUCUGGUUUGAUUGUGCUUCCAGCUGGCUAGCAGCCACUGUUGACUCCAGGGAAGUGAAGAAGAGUUCAGUUGUGAAGGGAACUUCAGUCAAUGAGCCCUGAAGCUCAGCUGCUGCACAGAGCCAUUGUGUUCUUGUUUAUUCAAAGUUUAUCAAUAUGGAACGUGUCCCGUGUCCAAAUUGCCCCAAAUUCGACGACCCACCAAGAUAUGCGAAGGACAUACAUACAGACAGACAUUCCUUGCUUUAUAAUUGUAUAGCUUUAAGUCCAAAAUCACAAAUUUGCCUCAAGGGGCUUUACAGUCUGUGCAGCAAAAGACAAAGAUGUUUGUCCUUGGACCUGCGCUUGGAUAAAGAUGGCAUUACAAGAGAGCGUGGGUGGAUAGAACGGAUAAGAAACCACCAACAGUUACAAUGCCAUGCUCGUUAAAUGUCUUGGUUGUUUUUGUACUUUGACAGAUAAAUCAUUGUUUAGCUUUGCUAAAAUCAUGAAGUGUUAGAAUUGUAAUAGCAAGGUUUCUAGUAGCAGAUAGUCAUUUCUGUUUGGAUAUAGUUUGGUAACUGGAAAAGAAUUAAAGAAUCCCUCUAGAGAUGACAGUCUCACAUGCUUGUGAACCAGCGGCUAUAGGAAGUGACAUCAUUAGUUUAUUAUUUGGAUGACAGGUACUAUUACAUUGUAUGCAGUUUACACAGUUCAGCUUUGACCUGCUGUACUGUAGUAGUGCACACAGUUUUCCUGUGCAAUGAGGCAAUAAUAGUGAUGUUUCCGGUGUGCGCACUUUCAGUUUGACCUCCAAAAAAAGUGGUUUGAAUAACUUGGCUAAAGUGUUGGUUCGUUUCCAACCCGUCUGUUCGUACCUGGAUUCAAAAAGAAAAAAUCAAGUCUGAAUGAGUUAGAACUAACACGUUCACAGCAAGCCCAUCCCACAGUGUGUUUGGCGUACAGUGUUCUGUAACAUCUGACAGAUUAGUCAGCAAGACUUUGGUUUGACACGGGACACCUGUCUCCUGGUUAAGUCCUGUAUCUGUAUUUGCUCAUGCACAAAUUACUCAGUACAAUACUUUGCGCUUAGUUACUGUGAAUUCUGAAAGAAGACAGAAGGAAUAUUUAAAUUUUCCCCACAUUCAAACUUUUGAGUAUGUUGACAAAUAGAACAGACAACAGUUCAUGCUCACAUUCAAACGUAUUGCAAUUUCGUCACCGAUCAACCUGACCUGCAUGUCUUUUGACUGUGGGAGAAAACACAUGGCUAGCCCAGGGAGAGCAUGUAAACUCGAUGCCAGGUGGGAACCAAAAGAAACAUUUUAGACCCAAAUUGUAAUAAACCAGAAUUAUCCCUUCAAUCUUAUUAACACACAGAUUUUUGCUGUCCAAUCUAGAAUCAUUUACAUUAAAUCCAUAAACAGACGUGUCCUUCAUGUCCCUUUGUCUGUAUGUUGACUGGCUGAACUUAGCUGUGACUGCUGUUGAACAAUUAGAGGCUCCACACAGAGAAAAGUCACAUGUCAUACUCAGCACAGCCACACAUCGGUCUGGGUUCAGACUAUUGCUCAGUGAUGAUGGAGCUGUUUGUUUGGAGAUUUGUUGUAGAUUAUAGAAAUUAUUAAUGAAGAGUAUGACUCAUAGACCCAAAAUUAUUACAAAAUGUAUCCAACCAUCAGCAGCCACCACUGUAGAAGCAUUUUGUAGUGUCAUCAAUGUGUCAUCUUCCUACCAACAUAAAACUUUGAUCUCACACUUGAAUGAAGACUGUCUGUCAUUCAUUAUUCUUAAAUAAAAACAAGCUGCACUGUUUUAAUUGUACUAUUUUAAAGUACGUAGUUUUGUUGUUAGUCAGAACUCCCCCUGUUAUCCAAUGAGGAGUGCCGAUGUAGGUCACCUGACCCCAGCCCCUUCGGCCGUUUAGUGCCAGUGGACUUGUUGAGUAGCAGCAAAAAAGAGAGCUAAGCAUCAACUUUGUCACCAUAGAGCUGUUAUUCUUUAUGUGUAUUUGUUAUUUUGAUGAUGAUGAUGUCGUUAUUGUGACCCACUAUGCUAACAUUGUUGUGGUGGUAAAUAAAUUAUUUAAGUUUCAA